GAUGGCUUAUGAGAAAUACAUGGCUUGUUGGGGUCGUAAUCCCUCAGGUGGGAGAAAUACAAGCAGCAAAGUGGCCAAGCAAGCUGCAUUGGGAUUUGUUAAACGAACAUUGGAGCUGUACCAUCAAUUUGAAGAUACAGGCAACAGCUGCUUCAACGAGCCUUUAUUCAAGGAUAUGUUCUUUGCUGCUUCUUCCCAGCUGAGUAUUGUUCGUCUAGUAGAUGUCAUGGAGGCUGAAUCUGCAAAACCACAUGCUUCUACCCUUUCUCUGGAAGCAAGAACAGGUUCCAUUAGUUCACGGAAGAGCCAUUCACAAUUUAGUCCGAACAUGAAUAAUCAUGAUGUCAAUUUAUCAGAUAUUUUUCCUGUUAUAAAUAAUUCAUUUGAACAAACUAGUGGGAAGGAAGAUCUUUGGUCAAACAGGGGGAAGAAAAGGGAAUUGUCCCUUGACGACGUUGGUGCUUCAAGUGUUCCUUCGGGCAUUAGAGGUUCUCUAUCAAGCAGCACAAAAGGAAAGAGAAGUGAAAGAGAUGGAAAAGGGCAGAGCAGAGAAGGGAUAUCCAGAAAUGGAACUACCAAAGCCGGUAGGCCAGCAUUAUCUAAUACUAAAGGAGAAAGGAAACCCAAAAUCAAAGCCUAA